AUGAAUCCUAACGACGAUAUAUUUGUUGUCGGUGAUUUUAACCUGGCUUCAAUCAACUGGACCAAAAACGAUAGAGCAUUCUUACACUCUCACAUCAAUGGCUCGUGUACUACACCUCUAGUAACAUCUCUUUUGGACUGCUACUACACCGCUGAUCUUCUGCAACUGAAUGGGGCCUUCAAUGACAACAACAGGUUACUUGAUCUCUGUUUCGUCAGUCGCGAGCUUGCUUCUAAGUGUUCGGUUCUUGAGGCACCUGAGCCGUUAGUCAAACGAUGCAGACAUCAUCCACCGCUGCACAUAACAUUACGUCUCCGUCAGGCUUGUUCGUUUCGUAGUACUGUAGACACGGUUUCAUAUGAUUAUCGUAGAGCUGACUUCAAUGGUAUGAUCACCUUUUUCGAUCAUAUCAACUGGGACGAUGAACUCCGGGAUUGUGAUGCGAAUGCAGCAACAUCUGUUUUUUCCAAUAUUGUCGUUUAUGCGAUCGAUCAAUUCGUUUCGAAGAAAAUUCCGUCCCCACCUAUUAACCCACCUUGGUCCAACCAUCGACUGAUGCGACUGAAGUCUUACAAACGUACUGCUUUAAAGAGAUUUUGCAAACAUCGUACGAUCGUGACGAAACGAAAAUAUAACAUCGCCAACAAACGGUAUAUGCAACUCAACAAACGGCUUUAUCAAGCCCAUCAACGUAAAUUACAAAACAAGCUGAAAGCGAAUCCCAAAAGUUUCUGGAGCCAUGUGAAUGAUGAACGUAAAGAGUCAGGUUUACCUUCCACUAUGUUCAAUGCAGAUCGAAAGGCAACUGACACAAUGAAAAUUGCUGAUCUGUUCCGGUCACAGUUCAGCAGUGUUUUCGUGAACGAACUUUUAUCUAGAGACCAUAUCUCAGCCGCCGCGCGUCAGGUCCCUAUGCAUCGUGCUAUAAGACCGCAUCCGUCACGAAAAGCUAGCCUACGUCUUAAACAAUCUAUCUCCGAUGGACCAGACGGAAUACCUUCGCUCGUCAUUAAGAAAUGCAUUGUUGUUCUGUUCGCACCAUUAGCAACCAUCUUCAACAUAUCGUUGAAUUCUGGAAUUUUUCCCGAGAUCUGGAAGUUCUCGUUCGUUUUUCCAAUCUUCAAGAAGGGCGAUAAACAGUCGGUUUCGAACUAUCGCGGCAUCGCUGCUUUAUGUGCAGCUUCCAAACUAUUUGAACUGUUGGUGCUGGAUUACCUUAAGUACAAUUGUUCCAGCUACAUUGCCUCCGAACAGCAUGGGUUUAUGCCGAAAAGAUCUACUGCUACAAAUCUCGUACAAUACACCUCAUCGAUUAUACGCGAGAUGGCGAAAGGACAUCAAGUCGACGCUAUUUACACCGAUCUUUCGGCUGCUUUUGAUAAAAUCAAUCAUAAUAUUGCGAUUGCCAAAUUAGAGCUACUUGGCUUCCACGGUUCUCUCCUCAAUUGGCUACGCUCAUAUCUUACCGGUCGAUAUAUGGCUGAUCAUAUCCUAAACCGCGAGUCGAAUAUUAAAGACUUGGGGGUCAUACUUGACUCUAAACUGACCUUCAAGGAUCAGGUUGCUUACGUUUCCGCUAAGGCGUCAAAACAACUCGGCUUCAUAUUUCGGUUCGCCGGAGAAUUCAGAGAUGUUUCUUGCUUGAAGGCGCUCUACUCGUCUUUGCAACGGUGUGAAUCGCCUCGAAUCUAUCCAACGGAGAUUCGUACGCUUUGCUCUUCGUUGGUUACCAUGGAGGGAUCGUUUCAAUCUGCCAGAAUAUAA